AUGGGCUUCUUGACGACAUUCCUUCCGCCAGGCGACCGCUAUGCGGCACUCCUGCUUUAUGGCAUGGUACUGUCGACAUGUUUCAAUGGAUACGACGCAGGUAUCAUGACUGUUAUUCUCGCAGAUAGCCAGUUCAUCGAGUACUAUAGCGUUGAUGCCAAUCGCUCUGGUAUCAUUGCUUCCAUUCCGUGGGCAGCCACCGGCGUUGCGCAACUCUUCCUUGGAGGUACUCUCGCAGGCUUCUUAGGACGUCUAUGGGCGCUCCGUAUUUCAAUUGUCAUCAUGAUUGUUGGUGUCGUAGUACAAUCAGUACCGAAUACGUUUGGAGUUCUCAUCCUCGGCCGACUAUUAAGCGGCCUUGGCUUUGGGUGCGUUUACAUAGCAACGAGUCUCUACGUCGCCGAGUGCUCCCCCAAAGCGCUGAGGGGAAGUUUUGUCGGCACAGUUACGCAAUUUGGCUACCAACUAGGAACCCUAGUCGCGUUUUGGGCAGGCUACGGCAUGUCCUUCCACGACCAUCCAUUCAACGUUGCCUGGCGUGUUUCAAACUUGAUCCAAAUUCCAAUUGGUCUCUCUUUCAUCUUCAUAUCCUUCUGGUACCCUGAAUCGCCGCGAUGGGUACUUGAAAAGCAUCCGGAAGACACGGAUCGUGUGAUGAACAUUUUAUGCAAACUUCGCAUGGGGGCUCCAGACUCUCCUCAUGUGCAGGAGGAGUACCACGAGCUCAUGGCAUCAUACCUCUAUCGCCAACGCUUCAAGUCUGGCUAUAUCCGAAUCUUCACCUCAGCAGCCCUAAGAAAACGCCUCCUAUACGGUUUCUACGCUACCGCUCUUCAGCAAGCCGGAGGUAUUGCCGCGUUGACCAUGUAUGCCGCCAUAGUUGUAUGUCUCUUCAUUGUUGGCAUGACAUACUGUUGGUCAAAUGGUCCAAUCGCCCCUGCUAUCGCGUCGGAAAUCUUUCCACAAGAAGUUCGAGACAAAGCUUUUGGAAUAUCUCUGCUUGGACAGACCGCAUGUCUCCUGGCAAUUACCCAGCCAUGGCCCAAGUUUAAUGAGGAAGUUGGCGGGAGAAGUUACUGGCUCUUACUAGGACUUAACGCUCUUUGUCUGCUAAGUGUGAUAUUUAUUCUCCCGGAAACUAAAGGAGUAUCUCUGGAGCGCAUGGAUGCAAUAUUUGGCGAGGUCGAUGCCGUCGAAGCUGGGGAGGAGGCUCAUGGAGACAAAUUGGAAAUGGUAGAUGUAAAGCAGGAAGAAGUGAAUCUGGAGGCUGAAAUAAAAGGAGAGAGUGAACAGUGA